AAUAACCUUCUCCUCUUCCUCCUCCCUCCAUUUUUCUUCACGUCUGCUUCUCUCUCUCUCUCUCUCUCUCUCUCUCGCUUUCAGAUGGGGAAUGCGAACGGCAAAGAAGACGACGCCGUCUCUGGCGUGGAGGCAGAUGCCACAUCAUCUUCAACGGCGAGAUCUAACGGCGGGGAUCCUUCAGUCCAUAGUCGUCAACGUCGUCCUCCUUCCACAGACUCUAUGAGCAGUUCUCCUCCCGGAAGCCCCGCUCGAUCUCCUUCUCCUUUCCUAUUCGCUCCUCAGCUCUCAUUGUUAUGUCACCUUACAUCUAACGCCAUUGGCUCAACUAUGCGUCACUUCUUCCAUUGUUUAGGCUUAACAUGUGUACAUAAUGGCUGCAUUUCGUGCCAGAUGGUUCCAGUGGCUCCGUUGCAGAGGGCAAACGCCCCUCCUUCGCCUAACAAGAUCCAAUGGAACCAAUCUCAAAGAGUUUUUGAUCAUCUCGAAGAGCCAGGAAUCCCUAUUAUCAUUACAUGGAACCAGGGAGGCAAUGAUGUGGCAGUGGAAGGAUCAUGGGACAGUUGGAGAUCAAGGAAGAAGCUGCAGAAAUCUGGAAAAGACCACUCAAUUCUCUUGGUCCUUCCAUCUGGAAUAUACCACUACAAGGUGAUCGUCGAUGGUGAAUGCAAACACAUCCCAGAUUUGCCCUUUGUAUCAGACGAAAUGGGGAAUGUCUGUAACAUUCUCGAUGUUCAUAACUUUGUGCCGGAAAACCCAGAAAGCAUAGUGGAGUUCGAGGCGCCACCGUCACCUGAUCAUAGCUACGGCCAAGCCCUCCCAACCGCAGAAGAUUACACAAAAGAUCCACUCGCGGUGCCACCUCAGCUGCAUCUAACACUUCUUGGCAAAAGUGAAGAAACAGCCGUGGCCAAAAAGCCACAGCAUGUGGUGCUAAACCACGUGUUCAUAGAGCAAGGAUGGACUCCUCAAUCCAUUGUAGCUUUGGGAUUAACACACAGGUUCGAGUCUAAGUACAUAACUGUUGUCCUCUACAAACCCCUCACACGGUAAACUGAAAUGACGAAAUCAAAUGCCACGUUGUCUUCUUGUUCUUCUCUCUUCAUCUCUCAAAAAUUGUGUGAGAACUUUGUUCAUAGUGAGUGAGUGGCCCAACAGUUACCGAGUUUUAUCAAAACCUUCUUCUUGCCUUGUUUGGGUGGCUUUAUGUACAAAGCUUCUCAGUUAUCACUGUAACAAAGAACAGACUGUGAAAUGCAUUCCCCAAUAAUGACGCUAUUAUAAGCUUUA